CUGUGCAGUCUGAGGAGGUUUUUGUUGAGGAUUAGAAAAAAAAAUGAGCCGGGUUGUGCAUGACUGGUCCACCCUUAUGCAGAGAAGCAUCUUCUGCUGAAUUCAAAUAAAGUGUGCGGGAGUAUCCCGACACAUAUUGUGGAAGUAUCGGACGUGUUUUGUGUUUAAACAGGCUGCACUGUGAAACACUUUCAUGGUGGCUCUCUCGUAAGUAGACCAACUAUGUAUAGUUUAUGUGUGAUUUAGUUUUAGCCCAGUUUUACUUAUGCAUCCAUUCUAUAUGCUAUGUUCAUUCUCAAACAGAAUUAGAAUAGAGCUUAAUCUCGGUUUAUACGUGGAUUGUUUUCCUAAUUGGAUACAGAAGCAUUUGGCUAAUCACAGCCACUGUAAGCGCCUUUCAGUAAGGGUCCACGGAUUUUUCUUAAACGAUCCGAUCAACUUUAAAGUGGUGGUGAUUUCAGUAUUGCCUAAGGGAUGCUGUGGAGUGACAACAUCGUGGGAGGAAGGCUUAGAGUGAACCAGCUGGUGGUGGAAAACGAAUGGCUUCUCCAGAGGUACUUCCCGCAGAUGAAGGAGGCAAACAGACCGAUCAUCCCGACGUCCUUGACCGGGUUUCCAUCGCGCUGCAUAUCCGCAAGUCCGGUGGAUCAACAGGAGGAGCGCUCCCGGGGGAGAGCUGCUGUAACCAGGCACGUAGCUGCCAUGACCGGUGUCAUUCAGCACCAAGGACGGCGCCGCGAAAGGGAGGCGCGGAGGUUAAAGCCGGUCACUUCAGUGAGGAGAAAAUCCGGGUUUGUUGCGACGAGGAAUUAGAGACAUCUUUCACCUAUAUUGAUGAGAAUGUUAACCUGCGUCUGGCCAGCCCGGAGACUAGUUGUAAAAGUAUUCACAGACCCGUGCGUAACGGCGAGCCUUGCUCCGAGACUUUACCGGAGUUUUCCUUCAUGUCCGAGGAUGAUCUCUCCUUCGGUGAGGGCUCCGGAACUUCUAUAGACUAUGGGUUUAUCAGUGCAGUCACGUUCUUAGUGACUGGGAUCUCCUUGGUGAUCAUCUCCUACGCCGUGCCUCGGGAUGUGGCGGUGGACCGAGACAGCGUGUCGGCGAGGGAGAUGGAGAGGCUGGAGAUGGAAAGCGCCCGAAUAGGUGCCCACCUGGAUCGGUGCGUCAUAGCGGGUCUGUGCCUGCUCACUCUGGGCGGCGUGGUGCUCUCCACGCUGCUGAUGGUCUCCAUGUGGAAGGGGGAGAUGUACAGGAGAAAAGUCAUUGCUUAUUCCAAGCGUUCAGCCAAACAGUAUGGCUCUAUCAGCCUGAAAACUAGAUCCAGUCCAAGCCACUCCUCUACGCACUUGUCCCUGGAGGAGGAAGUACAGGAAACUUUGACUUAAAAUGCUGCAUAUAAGCCUGUUGUGUAUAACUGAGGAAUUAAUGCCAUUCACACACAUUCUCUAACACACUGUAGCCUAAAACUGUGUUCAUACACUCUACAUUUUCGGUCUUAGACUGUAGAAAUAGCUUGAAUACUGUAUUGUAUAACCACAUGGGAAACAAAAAGGACAAGAAAAGCACUCAAAUAGGCAGAACAACGUUAUGUGGUGUCAGAUAGUUCCCAAAUGAUUUCAUAAGGCACCACAAUAUAAAAGUAACUGGUAAUAAUGUGAAGAGCUCUGUAUCACACACACACACACACCCAGGAUGCAAUCUCUGAGAGCUUUCAUUUAUUAUUAAGGCUAUUCAUAUUUAAUGCGAAUGUUUCCAACAGUAAAAUUGUGCACAGACACAUUUCAGGAAGUAAGGGAAAUGUGUGUCCCCAGGCUAGGAGAGUGGGAGCAAGGAGGGAUGUAAAGCUGUCCCUGUCCACUGUGACAUGGGAGAAUCAGCUCAGUGGUCCACAUGGUAAUAUCCAGUGACAGUCCCUCCCUGGUGCAGUGCUGAGGUAAGCCAGUAAAGUGAAGCUUCAUGCAUCUGAGCCAAAGCUCCACAUCGGUUUGAUUGUAGAGAGCAAUCUGACUGCAGUCGACAGCGUUGACACUGUACACCCUCCUCUACUCUCGCUUGCUCUUCUUCUCCUCCUUCUCCCCUCACCUUCUGCCACAGGAGACCUUUUCUUUUCUCAUGCAGUAAAUUCACACUAUAAGUUUGUGGAAAAGGGUCCCGGAUGACCACAGCCAAGUGCCUGUGACAUUUCAAGGUUGACAAGCCUUUGCUUACCUGUCUCUUUCCGUUUUCUCUGUCUCUCUACGUGAGGACGGACUUAAGAACACUAAUCGCACAUGAAAGAGUUGCCCUACUUCCAAAACCUUAAGCCUUCACUACUUCACAGAGCUAAUUACAUUUCCAAAGUGAGAUAUAAUUCUUUCAUAAAAGGUUAUAUUUGAUGUUAUCAUGGUGAGUUGCUGAAAGAAAUAUUGCAGAUGACACAAAAAGCUUAGAAAAAAGAGGUUUAUCUUGUGCAGACUUGCUAAAAAUGGUAAUGCCCCAGUGUCCAGGUGAGUCAGAGAGCAACAUAUUUCCUUGGUUAAAGAUUUUAUUUCCUGCCUUAGCUGAGUCCUUUUGAAAGCAACUAUCUCCUUCUCCUUGCUGGUUGCAGUAUGAAGAGGCCCGCAGAAAAGAAUAAAAGAAUGCCAUGCAAUUCUCUUGAAAAACAUUUUUGAUGUAGGUAUGUACCGUGUACGGCUCAUGAAUCAUGCAUGAAGCACUAGAAUUCAUUAAUAUUUGCAUAUAUUCAUAUACACAGCCAAAUGUUGAAUUCCACAAGACAAGCGCUCGUAAUUCUUAUGCAGUGUCACUGUUACCUUGGUUCCUUGUCCUUUAAUUUUCUGGGCCAUGUGAACAUAUUUCAAGGCUGACAUUCAAAACAACAUGAGUCAGCCUCUAUUAAUGAGAUGCGUAGGCUGAUUACUAUGGUAAACAGCUUGGGGCCACACCAUUGCUGUACGUUCCUUCACAUGCACUGCUGCUGUGUUUACUGUCACAACAUGUCAUCAGUGCACAGGCAGAUGAAGCAGUGCGUUUCAAGGCUGGAUCACAGGAGUCUAAUGAGGUGUUUAGCCAUCAUUAUCAUUCAAAAACCAUUUGUUACAGCAAUGAACUAAUGCAAGUUUGAGUUCAUACAGCAUUUCCCUUUCUGUGUCUGUGACCACAGGGCUAACAAGUAUGUGUGCAUCCCUGAAAAACAGCCAUUAUUUCCUGAAAUGGCAAUAAAAUGACAAAUGAAGAGAUUUCCAGGAAAGGUAAUAAAAAUUUAUGACCCAUAUGAGGCAAUGUUGUCCUGUUCUCUUCACAGAAGCCGUAAAUCCUCGGCCAGUAUUGCAGAUGUUAAAGUGAUAUUUCAUUUAGCGAGAUUUCCUCAUGUUGUUGGCUGUGGAAAUGAGGUGCGACGCCCAAGUGCUUGACACUCAUUUCUUAGCACUUCCUUUUUCUUUCCCUCACACCAAUAUAUUAAUGUGAAAUUAAAGCCAAUAAUAAUGCAACUAAUGGCAAAAAUAUGUAUCAUAAUAUUGAGCAAUUAAUUCAAACCGCAGCAAUGUAAUGGCUGCAUUACACACGCAGUACAUCAGUGCUUUCCAUUCACUGUCAGACUCAUAUUCAGAGGUGGCAUCAUCUGUGAGAAUGUCACUUUUCAAACACACAGAGGAUCUUAAAUGCCUGAGGGACGCCAUUAACAUUGCAGACUUCAAACAGGCUCAUCCAUAGCACUGAAUCCACUGCACAGGUUUUCAGAAAUAUACUAUUACUUCCCCUCGCUCUCUCCUUUUCCUUCUUUAUCUCCCUCCUUCUUUCUGUCCUCCCCCAUGGUUGGCAUCAUUCCACACAGCCAACACCAGGCUUCCCCUCAUUCAGCCAACUAAACGUGUUUGUGGGAUUUAAUCAGGGAUUUGCUUAAAGCGACAACAUUUUACACAGCAAGCUCAAGUGUAUUUCCAGAGGUUUCAUGCAUAAGCUCUUUAUCCUUGAGCAGUGCACAGCUAAAUCAGCCUUAUUGAUAUUUGGUUGGCUCCUCUGUAAGUCGAUCCCUUCAGGUAAGGCCGAGGAGCAGCUCAGCUGCUGCCAUCAGCUCAUUUCCUAAAGGUGUUAUUACACUCCUCCAUCUUGUCAAUGUUAAUACUCAAUGUGUGUGUGCGCUUUAGUUCAUUGGAUUUUUGUGUCAGCUGCUGACCUUAAAAUUUCUUUGUGAAACAGUUUCUGUGGAGAUAUUCAAGAUGCUUUGCCGCCAUAGGAGGAAUACAUAUCUCUGGAGAAUGCAGAGGCAGAACAAGAGGAAACUACAUGACAUUGAGAUACUAUAUAUGGAGCAGUGAAAGGAAUAUUUUUGGAGAUUUACUUUCAUGCUGAAAAUUAGAUGGUAAAAUCUAUACCCACUUUCAGGUCUGCCUCUUCAAUGUGACCCUAAAGUCAUAAGUUUAGCUUAGCUUAGCAUAAAAACUGGGAACAGGCUGGAAACAGAUAGCCUGGCUCCCUUUUUUUGUAAGUUGUUUUGGAUAAAAGCAUUGCCUAAAUGACUAAAUGUAAAUGUUUUUAAUACAAUUCGCCUACCAGCAUUUCAUAGCUCAUUAAUACGGUUUUUAAGUGGGAGAAGCUAUUUUGGUUUCACAGGAAAAAAUCCCAUUCAUUUUUUCCAAAUAUGAUGUUACUUGACCAAGUGGCAACCACCAUUGCUGUGAAGUGAAGCCAAGGUGGAAAUACUAAAAACUGCAGUUCCUCUAAUGGCCACUUGAGGCUGGCUACAGGAUAGAAUCAUUUCCAUUAACCGCCAUAUUAAAAUGUCCAACUUCGCAGCAGAAAUAAACAUGUUUACAGCCUGGUACAAAAAACAGUUUUGGUCUCUAUAGCUAAUUUCCCCUUUCAUGACAACUGUACUGAGGGUGAAUUUCUACAUAACUAACUCAUUGAAAUAUUAAGGAUUAAAGUGCAUAAUUUACAUCAUGGCUGCUUUGAUGGACAGGUCGGUGCCAUUAUAGGUGGCUUAUUUGAGCACUCAGAUGUCAUCCAGCCUGCCUCAGCUUUGCCAACAAGCCAUGUCUUCGCUGAUUUUUAGAUUAGCCAGGAGGCAGCAGAGACAGGACUGUUAAAGUUGGAAUAAUUAAAGCUGGUGUUCAUAACAUAGACCUACAGUAUAGGACGCCAUCAGGGAGAGUCCUGUGUUUGUAUGUUAAGUAGCACUGAGGAUAUUGUUUAGAGAAAAAAAAUUAAAUAGGAACACAGACUGGGGAAAAAUACUGAAGAACCAGAACCAGCAGUCCGAUCCCACUCCACAAAUCUAUUAACAUCUUGUUUGUUUUAUCCGUGUUACAACCAAAGUGUAAAAACCCCUAGUUGUGGUUUUUUGAAGGGGUUAUUUGGGGAACUAUUUUUUGGCUGGACGCAGUGACUUCCUGUAGUUUCCGCUGGUUGCCUGGAAACCUCACGGUGACGACAAGACACGCAGGGGUCACUGCACCCAGCCAAGAAAUAGUUCUACAAAUAACCCCCCAUAAAACCACAACUAAGAGGCAUUUUGGCAUUAAUCUUCUCGUCUCGUCUGAGUGAAUUAUCCUAGGUCUCAAAAUGUCGAACUAUUCCUUUAAUAGUGUGCAGUGGACAGGCAGCUUUGUGAUGUGUGCACUCAGGCUUGAAGCUAAGCGUAGAAAGAACUGCCUGUCUUUUGUAAUACAUAUUAGACGUAUUCAUAUCUGUGGUGAGCUUGCCCUCCAUUUAUCAGUGGAUAAUGCGGCCAAAACAAAAAAAAAUCCACUGAUUGAUUCCUUUGGAGGGAAAGACUAAAGCCAAACUCCUCAGGGAUAUGACUUCAUUCUUGGUUGCUUCCUCCACUGCCUUACUCAGACAGGAUAUUUUUAGUCAAUGUGCAUAUUGGAUUUUUGGAAAGCUCAUUGUAUUGUAAAUGUAGUCCACAAAGCUUAUCGCUAAGGAUGCACUUAGCCAGGCGGUUUUACAUUUAGCCUGCAAGAACAUCCUUGUUUAGCUCCAUCCAAGUCCUUUCCCCAGUUUCAUUUUUAC